GUUGUUGUCUAUCAUGCCCUUCAGCCGGAGCUGAGGUAGCGGAAACGUUUGACGGAGCGAACAAAUCAACGCGCAUCGGCGCACCGAGCGAAAGAUGGCCUCCGAUGGGCAGUCUGGUCCCUCCUCGUACCGGCAGCCCACAGUAUGUAUGGCGACGGCGCUCAGAGAAACUUGCUCAGCUUCAUCCAUCAACCAUCCAUCGAGCGCUCUGCCAAUUGUCGGCGUCACAUCGGGCCACUCGAACCUGGCUGUAGCUACUCAGUCCAGCAACCUGCGAUUUCCUUUCUCAAACCGAGCCAUAUCUUUGACCGAACCACCAAAAAAUGGCACCCCCCAAAGGAUCCAGUAGGAACUCCAGCUGGUUUAAGGCAGGUGCUGGAGGUAGUAAUGAGCCGCCCCCAAAUGCUACCUCUUUAGCGGACCACCUGUCAUAUUCGAUGAUCGCCAAACCCUUUAAAGAUGACAAGAUUAAGAAAGGUCCCCGGAGAAACAAACCUCUCAAACAAAUCCUGGCUGCCGAACGACUAAGAGCCAAACACGUCUCCGAUGUGUUGCUGAAAAAUAAUCCAACGCCCGAUGAAGACGUGGAAAUGACUGCUGCUCCCGAUGAGCAACAACCCAACUCCAACGACCAGCAACAACAAUCUCAAUCACAACCUGCCGUCAACAAAAAGGCAAGAAGGGAGAUCUUGGGACCGGUCAAUCCUGAUGUGAAUUAUAACACUUAUAUGAUUAUCGAAGCCCCUCCAUCGGUUAUACCUCCCAAGAAAUACUGCGAUAUAACUGGAUUAGAGGCACCCUACAUCGAUCCCAAGUCUCGGUUGCGGUAUCAUAAUGCAGAAGUCUAUGAACUAAUCAGAACUUUUGGACCCGGAUUAGAUCAAAGCUAUCUCUCUCUGCGUGGUGCCCAUAUCACGCUUCGAUGAUGAUCUCACCUCUUUAAGCUCGUUGGGCCAACCUUGGCUUCGCCGAGUGAGCUUUCCGGCUGCCACAUAUCACCAGCCUAACGCUGACUAGGCUGGGCAACACAAUUUUUCCAUUGUAUCCGAUGUAAGGGGGUGUGCCACAUCAAUCAUGUCCUGGCUGUUGUACAUCAUCGCGUGCUUCUCAAAUUGUAAUUUUUCUUAUUUUCUUUUCUCAAUUCAGAUGCAAGCAAAAAACAAAUUGCUUUUUGCUGAUCUGUCAACAGCAGAGUCAUUGAUGCCCCUGGCAAGAUCCUAUCACUGUUUAUUAACCUUCGAUUUGGAUUUCUGCCCAAAAAAAAUGACUGGGA